GUUUGUUUGUCUGUUGGAGAAUGGGGUAUUCCCACAAGCGGGAAGGUAGGUUCCAUGUGGAUUAGGUUGGGGAGGUUGGGUACUCCGCACCUAUCCAACGAGGGAACCUGCCACUAAGCAGGUAUCCCCAUUCCCCAUGCUCCACAAGAGUUCGAACUGCCAAGGGACCACCAUGUUCAGGGCAGGCAUCCAGGGUAGGAACACUAGCGACCAAGACUGUACACUAGACGACCGUCUCCUCGCCGAGCUCCUCACUGACGGAAAAAUUCGUCUCCAUGGCGCCAACCCGUCGAUAGUCUAGGUACACUACCUGCAUCGUCUCCGCAGACACGCCCCAACUACAUGGGUAGGGAGGCUGGUGAUGACGAUGUUGAGCGAGGAUGAGAGCCUCAGAGAUGUGUCUCGCCCAUGCCUUUAAUACGACCAUGGCAGCCGCCCCAGAGACGUGGCCAUGAGGUGAGGAACUGCACACCUGUAAACACCUACCUCCAUUUGCCAUGUUCCAACCCUCGAGUGCUCUCGCCGUCGCCUGUCUGGCCGCAGCGGCCAAUGCGGUCAUCAGCCCCUUCAAGGGUCUGCCGGUCAUCGAGCGUCCCGAAGUCAAGGCGUGGCCUCUCAGUCCUGGAAAGCCACACGCCGUGUCGCCCCCCCGGGAUCCCAACAGGUACUGCUUCGUCAGGCCGAGCUGCAAAGCCGGCAACGACGACGCGCCCAAGAUCCUGAGGGCAUUCCACGAGUGCAACAAUGGCGGCACCGUGGUCCUCGACGCCACCUACACCAUCGCGUCUCCUCUCGACUUGACCUUCCUGGACAGCGUCGACAUGGUUAUCUCGGGCACCAUCAACUUCAGCAGCGACGUGAACUACUGGGUCGAGCACACUUUCAAGUAUCCCUUCCAGGACUCCUCGUCCAUGUGGAGGAUCGGCGGCAGGGACGUCAACAUCUACGGCGGCGGGGUCGGCCUGAUCAACGGGAACGGCCAGAACUGGUAUGACGCCUUUGCCAAGAACCCGACCCUGCUGAGGCCCAUUCUCCUUGUUCUGGAUGGCCUUCACGGCGGCUCCGUGUCUGGUCUGCGCAUGGUCAACUCGCCAAACUGGUUCAACAUCAUUGCGAACAGCACAGAUAUCAUCGUCAGUGAUCUCGAUAUCAACGUCAAGAGCACAAGCUCCAAUCCAGCCAAGAACACGGACGGAUGGGACACGUACCGGUCCGACUCGGUGGUGAUCCAGAACUCCGUCGUCCACAACGGCGACGACUGCGUGUCCUUCAAGCCCAACAGCACCAACGUCGUGAUCCAGGGGCUCCAGUGCUUCGGCUCGCACGGCAUCUCAGUCGGGUCUCUGGGCCAGUACAUCGACUCGUUCGACAUCGUGGAGAACUUGUACAUCUACAACAUCUCCAUGUCCGACGCCUCGGACGGCGCGCGCAUCAAGGUCUGGCCGGGCAUCGACUCCGACUUCCAGCCGGGCCUCUCGGGCGGCGGCGGCUCCGGCUACGUCCGUAACGUCACCUACGACGGCAUGAAAAACACCAACAACGAGUGGGCCAUCGAGCUCACCCAGUGCUACGGCCAGAAGAACCAGACCCUGUGCAACAUGUAUCCGGCGAACUUGACCAUCUCGGACAUCACGUUCAAGAACUUCUGGGGAACCGCGUCGAAGAAGCACGACCCCAAGGUCGGGACCCUGGUCUGCAGCAGCCCGGAUAGAUGCUGGGACAUCCGAGCCCAGAACAUCACCGUCACUCCUCCCAGCGGCAAGACGGCUCAGUGGGAGUGCAUCAACAUGGACAAGUCGCAGCUUGAUAUCAACUGUGUGUAAAGCCACAAAAGAACAGACCCAACCGGGGAGAAAG